GCGGCACGUGGCUUGGGCAGAGCCCGGCAGACACGCCAAGGCAGCCUGGGACUCCAGGCGGGGUCACCGCCACGGCGGAGCAGCCAGGGACGCAGCUGGCCCCCGUGGCUCCGUCGGCCAGCAGUGGCCAGACAGACGAGCGGGUCCGCCAGCCUCUCUUGCCUGCUGAUGCCGUCCCUCCGUUCGACACCUGGUUGAACAAGUACGAUGAUAUCCACAGGCGCUUUGGCCGCGACACUCCAGACGAGCACCCGUUCGAGCUGCGCAACAAGUUUUGGGCACUUCCAGAUAAGACGUUGUCAUUAUUCGGCGCAGGAGGGAAGCAACUGAUGCGUCGCCAUCCCCAGAACGACCGUGGAGACUACGGAUCACGCGUAGGUUUGAUAAAGUCAAUCCAGUCUUUGGGGCUCCUGCUGAAUAUUCGGUCGCAUCCGUUCUUGGUGGAGAAGACCGCUGGACAGGAGUACCUCAGCCUCCAUUGGGCCACUAUCAUCGAGGCGUUGUACAUGGCAUACGAGACGACUCCCAAGAAUUGUUUGGUUGCGCACGCAGUGGCAGCAGGACUUCCUCGCUGCAAGCUCUACCAUCCCAAGAUUCCGACUGGCGGGUCCAAGUCUCUCAAGGAGUAUGGCAACAAAGGCAAUGACCACCUCACCAAGAUGACGAUCAUGGAGUGCUACCGCGAGGCUGGGAGGAUCGAGAAGGCUUGGGAGAGGCGCAAGAAGGAUAUGCAGUGGACCAUCGCGUCCCUCACCUACGCCGUGCACGAGGAGAAGAAGAAGCACGAGUUCGGUUGCUCGGUCUUACCUGGACGCUUCGAUAGGGAUCGACAUUUCGAAGUCUGCCUGCACGUCGCGAAGGAGAGCCAGAAGGUCAUCAUCGAGAGGUGCCCUGACAAGGGGCUCAGCUGCUGGCAAGCUCUGGAGAAGGCUGUGAAUGCGCACUGCGACUUAUCGCACCCCGCAGCUUGUUCGUUCUCGACUAUUUUCGUCAACAUCUGCCACGUCUUCCGCAAGCUCAGGGCCGAGCACGCCGAAUACUUCGCUGAGGCCAGCGUCGACGCGCUGCUCCUGGAGAUGGAGGAUAGCAGAGCUAUCCAGGAUGCGAUGGCCGCAGCAUCUGCGCAAGCUGCUGGAUCACAAAAAGAGGAACAGGCGCAGCUAGUUGCGAAGGAGGCGGAGGGCAAGAAGGAGGACAAGGACGACAAGGACAAGGGCAAGAAGCACAGGGGCAAGGCUGACAACAAGGCAAAGCAACUUUUGAAGAAGAAGGUCAAGUCUUUAGAGAACCAGCCCCUCCUCCAAAAAGAAGAUGGUGAGACAACUUUCCUGGGCGUGCUCGACCAGACGGUCAUGUGCAUGAUGAAGGUUGACUCGUCGCAGCAGGACCUCAUCCACUCCUUUCGAUUCAGUGCCUUGGUUGGCGCCUUGGGCGAGAAGGUUUCGGUCCAGGCCGGCGGGGUGGCGAAGGAGGUCAAGGGCUACAGCAAAUUGACGAGGAUCUACAAGACACAGUUGUACAAGACGGCUGCACCUCAACCGAGAACGUCUGACCCAGACUUCCUGAAGCAGAUUAGCGGACUUGCAAGCGCGCCGACAGUGGGGAACUCCGUGGACGUCGCCAUGCAGCUGAAGGAGAAUCUGGAGGAGGGGCUCCCGAUGCUACCUGACCUGGUGAAGUUCGUGAAGCGAAACCGUUUGAAGGGGAACCCGCUGGACAAGCCCGUGAUCACGAGUGAGUUCGCGCCGAAUGCUAUCAACGGCGUAAUGAUGGGCCUCAGGCACAUGUUCGUCGAGAAAAGGUGGGCGUUCGUGAACGUUGGCGAGGCCAUGAAACAGUUGGUCGGUGGAGCGAUCGAGUACCUCAAGACUGCAGCACCGCCUGGACGGGAUUGUCUUGCGAGUACGCUAGGGGAGCUCGACAAAGUCAGCUCGGAGUGUCGCUCGAAGGCCAUUGAGAGCGUCCCAGCAGAGAUACACGAGGUGGGCUUCGGUGAGCUGGCCAACGUCAUUGUCGACAAGAUUGCAGAGUUCCGCAGCCACUGCGAGAAGCAUGAUGGAUCUGGAUACCCCAACACGAGGAGAGCCGUGGAGAGCAACUUACAGAACUUUACUACCAAGCAGAUGGAGUUCGUGAAAUCUGAGAAGUUGGCGGUCAAACGAGCCAAGGGUUUGAAACUAUUCCAGAGCAAGCGUGUGGAGGCAAUUGCAGACAUCAUGAACCAGUACGACAAGAAGCAUGCAGACUUGAAGAUGGCGUUCGAUAUCUUGGAUAAUACUUGGGUUGCCGUCGUCAACGCCAUAACCUUGGACAUCGUGGGCGAUACUACUCCUGACAGUGCGGUUCCUGCUGGUGGUGACGCUGCGGUUCCUAUUGCGGGCUCUACAAGCGCGGAGGCGAUCGACAAGAAGAAUGGCAAGGUGGAGUUGACGGAGUGGUGGAAGCAGACUUUGGUCACUGAGGGUGGGAUCGAUUAUGCGGAUUCUUCAGUGCUCACGCGGGAGAUCAUAGCUCAUCUUCAACUCGCCUUCUCUAAAUUGCCACGGGAAUCGUAUUGUGACACCGAGACAGCUGGCCUCAUGCAGAUCACCACGAUGGAGGCGCCGAAGAGUGGCAAGGCCAAAAGAGUUCUGGAGAUGAGCAGCAUGGACAUCUUGAAGACCUACUUGCCGUUCUGGGGCAGGGUCGUGACGGCGACUGCGGCUGCGAACAUGUCCAAGAACAAUUGCUGGCCGCUUGGGGACUCGAACGGAUUGGGGCCUGCUUUAUAUUUAGACGGCUCCGCGGUGCAGAACACAAAGAGGAGCGACGCCUGCUUGGCGUGGUUGGUACCGAUCCUCCAUCAGCCCAGGAAGGACGACGACAAGGACGAGACGACCGCGCCAGCAGCGAAGAUCGGGUGGUGA